AGCAACAAAAUGAAAAUAAAUGAGUGGUGAAAAUGGAAAUUAAAAGGCACAAGUAGUAGUAUAUAACAAACGCGCCAAACAUCCUCUACUCUCCGGGUUUAGGGUUUUUAGGAACGCAGAGAAGCGAAACAACUCUUGCUCUGAAACAAUGGCUUUUUGGGGUGUUGAAAUCAAACCUGGAAAACCUUUCACUCACACUUAUGAUUCUUCCAAAGGUCGCCUCCACAUUUCAAUGGCCACUUUGGGACAUGGCACUGCAAUUACGAAAAGCGUACUGCAAUGUAAUGUGGGAAACAGAAGUCCUGUUUAUCUGUGCUCUCUUUAUCCUGGAAACACUGAGUCCUUGCAAUUGAAUUUGGAGCUUGAGGAAGAUGGUAAUGUUAUUCUUUCCGUCCUUGGCCCUCGGAGUAUUCAUCUCUGCGGUUAUUAUCUUGCCCGUGGCCGCUAUGGCAAUACUAUGGAUGAAUCGGAAUCAUAUGGAGAAGAUAUAGCCAAUACAGAAACAGAGAAGUCUGAUCGCAGUGAUGAAGACGACUACGAUGAUAGUUUUAUUAACGAUGACGGUGAUCUAGCUGUUUUCUCAGCAUCUCCUAUUUCCCAUGAAGAGGAUGCAGAGGAAGCAUCUUCUGAUAGCGGACGAAAAAGUGCGAAAGGCAGCAGAAGACGGCUGAGGAAGAAGUACCAGUUGGUAGAGUCGGAUGAUGAUGGCGGUCUUGGAAAGAAAAUUUUCAAUGAUUUUCAGGAAAUUGAUGAUGAAGAUAGUCUACCAAUUUCUUCUCUUUGCAAGAAGAAUAAAUCCUUUGUAAGGGUCUUGGAUCAGGAAAUGGAAGAUUGUUUUGACAAAGAAGCAAUUGAUGCUGGCAAAAAAGACAGUGAAGACCAUGAGAACAGUAUUAUUGAAACAAAACUGAAAACUGACAAUGCUUUCACUGAGAGUCAGAUUCAUAGCAGGGAAGCUGAACCUUCAGAUCAGUUGGCAGUUCCUUCCACUGUUCCGGAUGUUGGGGAUAAUAAAAAGUCAAAAAAGAAAAAGAAGGGAAAGGAAAAAGAAACCUCCACUGAACUAGAUAAUGCUGCACAAGAUGAGCCAAAAAUGAACACGGCCCAGGAUCUCUUGGAUCAGGAAAUGCAUGAUAAUAUUGACAAAGAAACAGUUGAUGCUGGCAAAAAAGACGGCGAAGACCAUGAAAAUAGUGCUACUGAAACAAAUUUGGCAACUGACAAUGCUGUUGCAGAUAGUCAGACUUACAGCAGGGAAGCUGGACCUUCUGAUCACUUGGUUGAUCCUUGCACUGUUCCGGAUGUUGGAGAUAUUAAAAAGUCAAAAAAGAAAAAGAAGGGAAAGGAAAAAGAAACCAAGAGUUCUAGUAAUGGCGAUUCCACCGAACUAGAUAAUGCUGAGCAAGAUGAGCCAAAAAUGAACAUGGCCCAGGAUCUCUUGGAUCAGGAAAUAGUUGAUAAUGUUGACAAAGAAGCAGUUGAUGAUGGCAAAAAAGACGGUGAAGACCGUGAGAAUAUUACUAUUGAAACAAAAUUGAAAACUGACAAUGUUGUCGCAGAUAUUCAAACUCAUAGCAGGGAAGCUGAACCUUCAGACCAGUUGGCAGUUCCUUCCACUGUUCCGGAUGUUGGGGAUAUGAAAAAGUCAAAAAAGAAAAAGAAGGGAAAGGAAAAAGAAACCAAGAGUUCUAGUAAUGAACAUUCCACCGAUCUAGAUAAUGCUGCACAAGAUGAGCCAAAAAUGAACAUGGACGAGGAUCUUCUGACAGGAAAUGAACAGAACCAGCAGCAACCUGAUGAUAAGAAAGCUGAAACCACGGAUAAAACACUACCUUCUUCACAGGUUGGUCAAGGACAGGAUGAAAAACCAAAGAGAAAAAGGAAGGAGCGGUCAAAGGAGAAGACACUUUUUGCUGCUGAUGAUGCUUGUAUUAGCAAUGUUGUUAACCUGCCUCAGGGAAAUGAACACAGUAAUCAGGACACAGUUAAUGGCAGGGAUGUUAAGAUUUCAGACAGUGUUGCAUUGCCUUCGUCUGAAACAGAUUCUCAAAAGAAAACAAAGAGGAGAAAGAAAGAACAAAUAAACAAAGCUUCACAUACUGAAGGUGACAAUGGAAAUGGAGAAGGUAUCAUUCAAGAUUACAAAGCCGACAAAGAGACAGCAGAAUCCGAUGGUCUGACUGAUAAGUUUUCUGAAAAGAAAGAGCAACAUCCGAAGCUAACAAUUGAAAAUAGUGUGGACAACGGUGCUCAAGACAAUCCUGAUGGAAAUCAAUCCGAAGAUAAGAAAGUUAAGAAAAAGAAGAAGAAAAGUAAAAGUCAGGGCAGUGAAGUCGUAAAUUCUGAUGUGCCUGUAUCGGCUGAACAAAGUAGCGAGAUGAUGAAAGAGGAUGGAAAUAAUGUGGAGGAUACAAAGCCUUCCCAAGUUAGAACAUUGUCAAAUGGACUAGUUAUUCAAGAGCUUGAGACAGGGAAAGAAAAUGGGAAAAUUGCUGCUAUAGGGAAAAAGAUCAGCAUCAAUUACACUGGCAAGUUGAAGGAAAAUGGGGUGGUGGUUGAAUCUAAUGCUGGCGAAGCUCCUUUCAAAUUUCGCCUUGGUAAAGGAGAAGUUAUUGAGGGUUGGGAUAUUGGUCUUGAAGGCAUGCGAGUUGGAGAAAAGAGAAGACUUGUUGUUCCACCAUCAAUGACGUCUAAGAAGGAUGGUGAAAGUGAAAACAUACCACCAAAUUCAUGGUUGGUUUAUGACUUCGAACUUGUUAAAGUUCAUUGAUUACUCCAUCCAACUGAUUGUGGCUGGUCAUGUUUGAGUGAAUAUGGGAAAUAUAUGGAGUCAGGAGGCAAUACAGCUAGGCAAUCAAAAACCGGAUUCAAUUGUAUGAUAACAGUUUUCUGUUGAAUCUCUGGUAACUUUGCCCCUCAUGAUUCAUUUUUGGUAUAGAGGAGUUGGUUGAUACUUGCAAUCAAAUCCAAAGUUUUGCUUCUUUCAGAUACUAUUUAAAGACCGAAAACCAUGUUGAGUCGUUGGUGAAAGUAAUGGUAGUUUUAAGAUAUAUCGGAUUGGUUGCUUACUUUUUAUGCUAAAAGAAAAAUUACUUUUAAAAAAUAAUGUUAUGGAUGCUGUUAUUCUUUCUCCAUGUCUCCA